UGUAGCAAAAAAAUACUGUACCAUGUGAUGUAGCUCGUAAUAAACAUUAGGCUUUUUUACUCUAAAAAAAAACGUUACUAUUUUGGAACAAAAAUAUGCAACUUGUACGUGGGUUUCUUGGUAGAAAAAUUCGCAGUUCUCUUCUCGAAGUGUCAAAGCAAAUUUUCUAUGCACAAAAUGCAACUUAUGUCAGACUGACAGAAGUUGGUAAAUUGGAGACACCAAAACUACAAGGAAAAUAUGAAACAGGGCAGCUGAUUUUACACAGAGUUUUUGGAUAUCGAGGUGUUAUUCUUUUUCCAUGGUUGGCGAGAGUUUAUGACAGAGAUAUACCAAGCAGAAAAGAAGGAAACGAGGGAGGAAAUUUCAACAGUGUUGGCAAAGAAGUGAAAGGGAGAACACACACGUUUUAUCAAGUUUUGAUAGAUCAACGUGAUUGUCCACACAUUCGGGCACAGACGGAAGCGGUGACAUUUUUGGGUAAUCAAGAAGGUAGUCGUAGUUUAUAUGCAAUACCAGGUUUAGAUUACGUUGCCCAUGAAGAUAUCUUGCCUUACACAACAAAUGAAAAACCAGCACUUCAACACGAAUUAAUAGACAAAUUUUUGGUUUACGAUCCCAAUAAGGAUCCGCCAUUUCUUGCUCAAGACACAUUGAGAGCUUGGCAGAAGAAAAAUCAUCCCUGGCUCGAAUUAUCAGACGUACACAAAGAGACAACGGAAAAUAUUCGUGUUACUGUAAUUCCUUUUUAUAUGGGCUGCAGAGAGAGUCAAACCACCUCCGUUUAUUGGUGGCGUUACUGUAUUCGGCUUGAAAAUCUUGGAGAUUUGAGUGUUCAACUGAGAGAAAGACACUGGAGGAUAUUCAGUUUAUCGGGAACAUUGGAAACAGUUCGAGGACGAGGCGUAGUGGGUCAGGAACCUGUACUCUCUAAAACUCUACCUGCUUUUCAAUACAGUAGUCACGUUAGUUUGCAAGCACCUAGUGGUCACAUGUGGGGAACUUUCAGAAUGGAACGAGAAGAUGGAUAUGCAUUCGACUGUAGAAUUCCACCUUUUUCAUUAGAAUCGAAAAUGGAUGAAACAUCCAAUGCAAAUACAAAUACGUGAAAAUAUUUUCAAUAUCUGUUUUUACAAAAAAGAAAAAAAAACCUGAAAAACAGAUUUUCAAAAAAGUGAUAUUUGAACUUCUCCCAGAAAUAAAUAUAAUUACAAGCUUUCGUAAUUUACUUUGUACAUAAUUUAUUUUUUAGAUUUUAAGUAAACUCGGUCAUGUACCAUUGUGAAUAGAAAAAAAAUAAAAUAUUCU